AUGGCGCAAGGCAGUCGGAAGACGCUGAUCUACGCACUGGUGGCGCGUGGGACGCCGCCGGUGGUGCUGGCGGAGUACACCGAGUUUAGCGGAAACUUCAAUUCCAUAGCCUAUCAGUGCCUCCAGAAGCUUCCUUCAUCGAACAACAAAUUCACCUACAACUGCGACAAUCACACCUUCAACUACCUCGUUCACGAUGGAUUCACAUUCUGUGUUGUUGCUGAAGAAUCUGCUGGCAGACAGUUACCUAUGGCUUUUCUGGAGCGUGUUAGGGAUGAAUUUGUGGCUAAAUACGGUGGCGGGAAGGCUGCAACAGCUCCUGCAAAUGGCCUAAACAAAGAAUUUGGGCCAAAGAUGAAGGAGCACAUGCAAUACUGCAUUGAGCACCCUGAAGAGAUAAGCAAACUUGCUAAGGUGAAGGCUCAGGUUUCAGAAGUUAAGGGUGUGAUGAUGGAGAAUAUCGAGAAGGUUCUAGAUCGCGGAGAAAAGAUAGAGCUUCUGGUGGAUAAGACCGAGAAUCUGCAUCACCAGGCCCAGGACUUCAGGACCACCGGAACAAAAAUUAGGAGAAAAAUGUGGCUGCAAAACAUGAAGAUCAAGUUGAUUGUUUUGGCUAUCAUUAUUGCAUUGAUCCUCAUCAUUGUCCUCUCCAUCUGCAGGGGCUUCAAUUGCGGAAACUGA